UCUGGUCUGUGCGUCCAGAGAGCAGAGGUGCGCUCCUUCCUCCUCCUUCCUCCUCCAGAGCUUUUUGGGCAUCCCGGGGAGCAGCUCUGCACCGUGCACGGAUACUGCUUUUUCCUUUUCUCCUUCUGAAUUAUUAUUAUUAUUAUUAUUAUUGCAUUAGGACAGGUUUAUUCUCCCGAUGGUAACCGACACCUCGCAGCCGGAGACAUGUGGACUAAUCCGGGGAAAGCACGCCGCGUCUCUGUAGUGUGUCUGCUGCUGCUGCUGCUGCUGUGGGCCGAGGUGUGUCGGUCCACCGGGUACUUCGAGCUGCAGCUGGUCUCGGUGGGGAACCCCAGAGGACAGCUCCUGAACGGGGACUGCUGCGACGCGGAUCGGAGUGCGGAGGAGGGCCACUGCGGGGCCGACGAGUGCGACACCUACAUCAGAGUGUGCUUAAAGGAAUACCAGACCGAGGUCAUACCCAACGGAGUGUGCACCUACGGCUCGGAAACUACCAAGGUCAUCGGUGGGAAUACUUUUCAGUUCAGGGGCCAGAAAAGCGGACAGAGCCGGAGCCACGAGGCCGGGAAGAUCCUCAUCCCCUUCCAGUUCGCGUGGCCGCGAGCCUACACGGUGAUAGUGGAGGCCUGGGACAGAGACAACGGCACACACAAUGAGGAGCUGCUGAUUGAGCGCAGCAUCUACAAAGGGAUGAUCAACCCGGGCGACGAGAAGCAGACGGUGGAGUAUAAGAGCCUGGUCGCCAGGCUGGAGUACACCAUCCGGGUACGCUGUGACGAAAACUACUACGGCGUGAAGUGCAACAAGGUCUGCCGUCCACGAGACGACUACUUCGGCCACUACGUGUGCGACCAGCUGGGGAACCGAGGCUGCAUGGAGGGCUGGACGGGGCCCGACUGCAAAACAGCCAUCUGCAAACAGGGGUGCAGCCUGGAGCAUGGAAGGUGCAGCGUACCGGGGGAAUGCCAGUGUAACUACGGCUGGCAGGCUCCGCUCUGUGACGAGUGCUUGCCGUACCCCGGAUGUGUUCACGGCACCUGCAACGAGCCGUGGCAGUGCACCUGUGAUAAGAACUGGGGAGGUCUGCUCUGUGACAAAGAUCUGAACUACUGCGGGACCAACCGGCCCUGUAAGAACGGAGGGACGUGCAUGAACACGGAGCCAGACGAGUAUAACUGCGCCUGUCCAGACGGCUACUCUGGCAAGAACUGCGAGAUCGCGGAGCACGCCUGUGUUUCCAACCCCUGUGCCAACGGAGGGACCUGCCAUGAAGUCCCAUCAGGCUUUGAGUGUCACUGUCCGGCAGGCUGGUCCGGGCAGACCUGUGCUCACGACACAGAUGAAUGCGCCUCCAGCCCGUGUGCUCAGGGAGGAACCUGCAUCGACAAGGAGAACGGCUUCGAAUGCCUCUGUCCUCCACAGUGGACCGGCAAGACCUGCCAGAUCAAUGUGAACAGCUGCCACGGUCAGUGUCAGAACGGAGGUAUCUGCAAGGAGGGAACCCGAGGCUGUGUUUGCCAGGCGGGGUUCGUGGGUCGGCACUGCGAGAUUCAGAGAAACCGUUGUGCCAGCGGUCCCUGUAGGAACGGUGGGCGCUGCCACACCCUGCUGGAUGGGUUCGUGUGUGAAUGCCCACAGGGUUUCGCUGGAACAACCUGUGAGGUGCAGAACGACCCCUGCAGCCCGAACCCUUGUCACAAUAAGGCCCAGUGCCACGGCAUGAUGGGCGACUUCUACUGCAGCUGCCCCGACGAUUACGAGGGCAAAACCUGUUCGGAGCUCAAGGACCACUGCAAGACCAACCAGUGUCAAGUGAUUGACAGCUGCACCGUAGCCGUGGCAACCAAUGACACCCAAAAGCGGGUGUGGCACAUCUCAUCCAAUGUGUGUGGUCCCCACGGCCGCUGCAUCAGCCUGCCUGCCGGGAACUUCAGCUGCUCCUGUGAGCCGGGAUUCACUGGCACCUACUGCCACGAGAACAUUAAUGACUGUGCGUCAUCCCCCUGUAAGAACGGAGGCACUUGCAUCGAUGGGAUCAACUCCUUCCAGUGUUUCUGCCCAGACGGCUGGGAGGGCAGUCUUUGUGAUGUUGAUGUGAAUGAGUGCAACAGGAACCCCUGUCAGAAUGGAGGCCGUUGUGUCGACCUGCUCAACGACUUCUACUGCAACUGUGUGGACAACUGGAAAGGAAAGACCUGCCACUCACGGGAGAGCCAGUGCGACUCCACCACCUGCAGUAACGGAGGGACGUGCUACGACCACGGAGACUCCUUCCUGUGCAGCUGCCCUUCAGGUUGGGGGGGCAGCACCUGCAACACAGCCAAGAACAGCACAUGUGACUCGGGUCCGUGCGAGAACGGAGGGACGUGUGUCGGAGGGGGCGACGCCUUCACCUGCAUCUGCAAGGACGGCUGGGAGGGAUCCACCUGUGCACAGAAUGUUGACGACUGCAAUCCACAUCCCUGCUACAACGGCGGCAUCUGCGUCGACGGUGUCAACUGGUUUCGAUGCGAAUGCGCUCCAGGAUUCGCCGGACCGGACUGCCGCAUCAACAUAGACGAGUGUCAGUCGUCUCCGUGUGCCGAUGGCUCGACCUGCGUGGAUGAAAUCAACGGUUACCGCUGCGUCUGUCCUCCAGGAUACGCCGGCCCUCGCUGUAAGAAGUUCAUCGGACUCGGGAAGCUGUGUCGCCACGCCGGCUUGCAGUUCCCUCACGGCAGCCGGUGGGAGGAGGAGUGCAACGCCUGCCAGUGUGUCAACGGAAACGUCCGCUGCUCCAAGGUGCGUUGCGGUCGUCGGCCCUGCCUACUCCCGAAGGCUCCGCCUCCUCCGGACCCAAACCCGCCGUCUUGCCCCGGAGGUCACGAGUGCGUGGAGCAUCAGUUCCUCACCUGCUUCUCGCCGCCGUGCCACCAGUGGGGCGUGUGUUCGACGCCCGACCCGCCGACACCCCUGCACACCCAGUGUGAGCCCAACAGCGGUUACCUUGACAACAGCUGUGCUCGCAUCACGCUCAUAUUCAAAAAGGACAAAGUGCCGCAGGGCACCACUGUGGAGAACAUCUGCUCUGAGCUGAGGUACCUCCCCGUGACUCAGACGCUGGCCGAGGAGCGAGCGCUGCUGAUCCUCUGCGACCUGUCCUACUCCAACGGGGACGCCGUGGAGGUCGCCAUGUCCUUUGAGCAGGACGGGCGGUCGAAGGACGGCGACCGUGGGCAGAUCCAGAAGGCGGCCAGCGCCAUCAUCGGGGCCCUCUCCAAACGCCACAACAGCACCGUCAUGCUGGCGGUGGUGGAGGUCAAAGUGGAGACGCAGGUGCAGCCGCCGUCUGUUGGUUACCUGGUCCCGGUGCUGUGCGUCGUCUUCGGCGUCCUCUGGAUCUUCUGCAUCGUCGUCUGCGUCUGGUGGACCCGCAAGAGGAAGAAAGAGCGCGAGAGGGUAUCCCGAUCCGAGGACACGGCGGCGGUCAACAACCAGCUGGUUGUGAGGUCGAGCAACGCCCUCAAGGACAACCGCGACAAAGACAUUCAGUACGAAUGCAAGAAACUGAUGGGCCCCACCGACAGGACGUGCGACGGGGCCGAGGGCGAGGAGGAAGGGGCGCAGGAGGCGGAGCAGCAGCAGGAGGAGGACGAGGAGAGGGCGCUGGGCAUGGGGGAGAAGUGUCCGCCGACGAGGUGCUCCGUAGCGGGGGCAGGACAGGGGGUGACGGGGAAGGGGAGGUCAUCUGCACGUCACGCAGCGGGCCGGGCAAAGGGCCGCACCGGACGGCGUACAGCCCCAAAGACAACCGGUGUAAAAACCUGAACGCCGCCAAGCUCAGCGAGGACGUUAAAGACCACUACGUAUGAACACACGGGAGGACGGACGGAU